ACGUGAAUGUGCGGCGAUGUUCGAGUGCUAAGCAUUUUGGUAUCAUUAAAGGAAGAGAAACUGUAAUUUUAUAAGUAAACAAUAUUGGGUAUGGACACUUGUUUUGAAAAGUAAAUUAAGCCCGAUGAAGGCUUUGAGGAAGUUAAUGGGAUCUUAUUCGUUGCUGUAACUAGUAGUUUCGUUUAGGAUUUGUUUUUAAGGAUGGAGGUCUGGGUCGUCUGGGUUUAAUAUUUGCCGAUCACCGGUUUAGGAAAAUAUUUGUAACUUCUGAGUUCUUGAUCAGUGACUUGCGUUUACAGCUAUAUGUGAUUUGGAUUGAUCAUCAAUAAUAUGUAUUGUCAACGUUAUUGAGCCGAAAAGUGUUGCCAGUUUGGAAGCAGGUUUCAAGUCUCCCAUUUAUUGGUGCAUGUGAGGGUCAUGGGUCAAACUUUGUCUGAACCUGUCACGGCCAAAGAGUCAGCAUGUUGUCAGAAUUCGCAUUUGAAAGUCGGCUCAAGUUGCAUGCAGGGUUGGAGGAUCAACAUGGAGGAUUCCCACACUCACAUUCUGUCACUGCCAGAUGAUCCGGGAACUGCUUUCUUCGGUGUUUAUGACGGUCACGGAGGUGCUAAAGUUGCUCAGUAUGCCGGGAAACAUCUUCACAAAUAUAUCAUUAAGAGAUCGGAGUAUAAGGAAGGAAGAAUCGAAGAUGCCCUGCGUCAGGGUUUCCUUGAUGUAGACAACGCUAUGUUACAAGAUGAGUCUCUGAAAGAUGAGUUGGCAGGCACUACUGCAGUUGCUGUCAUUCUAAAGGAUAACAGACUUUAUUGCGCUAAUGUUGGCGAUUCUCGUGCCAUUGCAAGUGUUAAUGGUAAGGUGGACGUGCUCUCGUUGGAUCAUAAACCUUGUAAUAACACAGAGUUCAAAAGAAUCCAAGCAGCAGGAGGUUGGGUUGAGUUAAAUCGCGUGAAUGGCAACCUAGCACUUUCACGUGCUCUAGGAGACUUUGUGUUUAAGAGAAAUGAAGAAAAGACAGCAGAAGAACAGAUCGUUACAGCAUAUCCAGAUGUUGAAACUCGUGAAGUAACUCCUGACUGGGAAUUCGUGAUCAUUGCCUGCGAUGGUAUCUGGGACGUCUUGACUAAUGAGGAGGUAGUUGAGUUUGUUCGUCUACGUAUAGGGAGUGGAAUGCACCCAGAAAACAUCUGUGAGGAUUUAAUGACUCGCUGCCUUGCACCAGAUUGUCAAAUGGGAGGUCUUGGCUGUGAUAAUAUGACUGUGGUCUUGGUUUGUUUCCUGCAUGGGCAAUCCUAUGAGGAGCUGUCAGCCCGCUGUGCCUCAACAGAUCCCCCAGAUGUAAAAGAUUCCAAAUAACCGUGUUGAGUCCAUUUAUCACACGAGUCCACAUAGUUUGAAGUUGUCACUGUAGCUUGGACUUCAUACCAUUCUGUACCAAAGCACUGUAUUAUUCUACAUAAUGUUGCUGCUGAUAAACCACAAUAUUUUGUUCCUUUGUUGUUUAGAUAGCUAUUUGGUGCUCACCAAGUAAUGAAAUGAGUAACAGAAUCGUGGUUUUCCUUGACCACAUUAUCGUCUCAUUUAAAUGAUCACCAUUUCUUUCUACAUAUCAAAUGUAAUCAUUUACAAGUGUUCAUUUCACACAUAGCAAUUAAUUAGAGUUAAUUAGAAUGACUUAUUAAUUGAUUAGAUUGGAUGAAAGACCAAUUAAGAACAAUAUGGUUUAGCGGCUGUAACCACUAUUUUAGUCAACAGUACCAUCUUCUGGAAUGUAAUGCUGUGUAGUCUGACGUUUUGGGGGCACAUGUUGCUUCCCUCUUUAGGGUUGAAGAAGAGUAAACCAAGCAAUAUACAAGCUUGUUGCCCAUUUCAUCCUGGUUUCUUUCAUAGCUUACUCUUCAACCCUGAAGAUGGAGGCUGCAGAUUUCAACCAAUUGUCAGUUGAUUUUUGAAGGACUACGCAGUUAUAUAUCCCAGAAGACAGAACUCUUCAUAACCACCUCUGAGAGAACCUCAGGCCCUACAUGAUUUUUUCUCUAUUGCAACAUGUUUUUAUCAAAAUUUGAAGCUCAUAAGAUUAACAUAGCACAUGUUUGAUAUGAUCAGUUAAAGCAUUUAAAGGUACUGAAAUCAUCUCAGGUGAUCAGCCAGAUUUAAUGUAGUAAGUAAGUAAAGUAAAGGUAUCCCUGUAA